AUGUCGUCGUCUGCCGAGCAAACCGACGCUGUCGGAACCCAGCCAGUAGGGGCAAAGUUUGAUCCGACUGUGCCGAGGAAAAUCAUCAGUGCCAUCCCGAAGCAAAGACAGAAGCUUCUGAAAUGGAACGGUUGGGGCUACAAGGACUCCCGGUUUAUGUACCAGGACGGAACGAUCGUGUUCUCCGGUGAUAGGUAUCCAAUUGGCGGAAAUGUGCCGCUGCCGCAUUUGCGUGACUAUGUGGUGGAAAAUUUCAAUGUGGACCUGAGCGACCGGCGCGAGGGAGUCCCGGUGCCGAGCUCGUUCCCAGCGCCCGUACCUUGUCAGCAGUUUCUGGAAGCGAUCGACCGGCACGGGGUCGAAUGGUCACAGGAUGGCGAGGAUCGGUUGAUCCGCUGCCACGGGCAGACCCUGCACGACGUCCAUAUGCUCCGUACGGGCACCUACAAGCGCAUCCCGGACGUGGUGAUUUUCCCGACCGGCCACGACCAGGUGCUGCAGAUCGUGCGCGCCGCCAACGUCCACAACGUGGUGCUGAUUCCGUACGGCGGCGGUACGUCCGUUUCCGGGUCGGUUAGCUGCCCAGAGGGCGAGCAGCGUCCCAUCGCCGCCCUCGAUACGACCCAGAUGAACCGGCUGCUCUGGCUCGAUCGGCAGAACUUGACCGCGUGCUUCGAGGCGGGCGUGGUCGGACAGGACCUGGAGCGGGAAAUGCGCCAGCUCGGCUUCACCGUCGGCCACGAACCGGACAGCUACGAGUUUUCCACACUUGGCGGCUGGGUGGCAACGCGCGCCUCCGGCAUGAAGAAGAACGUGUACGGCAACAUCGAGGAUCUGGUGGUGCGUGUCCGUAUGGUGACGGGGGCGGGCGGUGUGCUGGAGCGCGGCCUGGCGGUGCCACGCGUGUCCUCCGGGCCGGACUUUAACCACGUGGUGCUUGGCUCGGAGGGCACGCUGGGCGUGGUGACCGAGGUGGUCAUUAAGAUCCGACCCCUACCAGCCGUCCGACGUUACGGGUCGCUCGUGUUCCCCGACUUUGGGGCGGGAGUUCGGUGUCUGCGCGAGGUCGCCCGGGAGCGCCUGCAGCCCGCCAGCAUCCGACUCAUCGACAACGAGCAGUUCGUGUUCGGACAGGCGCUGAAGGUGCCUGGCGGCCUGCUGGACGGUAUUGGCGAUCGGCUGAAGCGGGCCUACCUCACACAAGUAAAGCGCGUCCAGCUGAAUCGGAUCGCGAUCGCAACGCUUCUCUUCGAGGGCCACGCCGACCAGGUGAAGAAGCAGGAGGCGCAGAUAUUCGCGAUCGCCAAGCGGUACGGUGGCUUCUCGGCCGGCAGCAGCAACGGCGAAAAGGGCUACAUUCUAACCUUCGUCAUCGCGUACAUCAGGGACUUGGCACUCGAGUACAGCAUCGUUGCAGAGUCGUUCGAGACCUCGGUUUCCUGGGACCGGUGCGAAUCGCUGUGCAUCAACGUCAAGAGCUGCGUUCGAAAGGAAUGUGCCAAACACAACAUCCAAUACUACCUCAUCUCCUGCCGCGUGACGCAGACGUACGAUGCCGGUGCCUGCGUAUACUUCUACUUCGGCUUCAACCAUGUCGGCUUCGCGAACCCGGUCCACAUCUACGAGGAGAUCGAAAAUAAGGCGCGUGACGAGAUCCUGGCGUCCGGUGGUUCCAUCUCGCACCACCAUGGCGUCGGCAAAAUCCGAUCGCGCUGGUAUCCACAGAGUGUGUCCGACGUGGGCGUGCAGCUCUACAAGGCCACCAAGCGCGAGCUCGAUCCGAACAACAUUUUCGCCGCCGGUAACCUCCUACCGCCUGAACCGUCGCCAACCAGCCUAAAGGCCAAGCUGUAGAGGUCGUCGGGAAGCGUCGGAAGUUCUGUAACGGGAUCGAGCGCAGAACAUUAACCAAUCAACACCACUGGACAGAGUGGAAUUCGGAAUCUUUAAGCCGCACGGAUACAUUUUGCUGCUUGGCGCUUCAAACCGGAGGGAAAUGGCAGUUUCGAGGCAGGGCGAAACAACUCUGUUUGUUGUAGUGCGACAUUUCAUCGAGUCCAGUGGAUCUACGUGUGUGUUCACAAUACGCUUUUGUUAUAUCUUAUGCGAUACUUACAAAAACAAUCCCAAACGUGAAGAGUAAAGAAAAAGUUACAUUCCAUGCUUAUGCUCUCCAGCGUCAAAAAAUCCAAAGUAGUCGCUUGCUGUACAUUACGUUAGUUGCAUCUAGCUUUACCUUAAGUCAUCAAUCCAGCAAUUGAAAUUGGUUUUAGUUUAUGUUUUUACAUUCUUUGUUAUUAGUGCGAUUUGAUGUGUGGUUUUUUCCUCUCCUAUAGUGCAAUUUCUGUUAAUCGUCCUGAAGGUAUCGGCAGGAAGUGGUCAUUUGUUGAAGCUCUCAAAUUUGUUUGUGCGAAU